AUUAAAAGAUAUUCUAGUACCAAAAGAGAGUUCACAAAGUGUGAUCUAUAACAUCUGUCUAUACAAUCUUAACUUAAAUCUAUCUAUCAAUCCAUCCGUCCAAAAGGGGGUUAUAUCCGCCAACAACUUAUAGUACAAUGUUUAUGUACACUGUACCUACAUUUGUUGUGUCUUAUUUAAAAGCUUUUGCAAGUUUAAAACUUUGGUAUCCAUUUCCAAAUCCCACUCACAGCUCACAGAGUGUUUUUGAAAACUCAGAGAGUUGAUGGAGAUUGGAGAGGAUGAAAUGCUUUUCCAAAACGCAAAAACUCCACUCCAAUGGAUAUAGUAUAGUAGCUUGGCUCAUUGGGAUACAUCCACCAGCACCACAUCUAUGGGAUUCAGUUGUAGCUUAUACCCCGUCCGUCAUGGUUAGAAACCGUAUCGUAAUAAUAUUUUGUUUAUAUCUUUUGUUUUAUGUUUCUAUUGUGCUGAAUUGAAUUGAAAACAAACAAACAAACACAAUACAAAGAUACUCCCCAUCUCUAAAACAAGUGAUUUUGGAUUUUAAAAAAGUAAAUACAAAACAUGCCAUAACAACCAUCCAUCCAUUGUGUAUAUCGUAUAUUUUGUCGUAGCCGUCGUAUCCGUCGUCAGUCGUUACUCGUCAACGUCGUCGUCUUCUGUGUUGUUGUUUUUGUUGUUAUGCCGUCGUCGUGAAUUCAUCGAAAACAACCCUUUUCGAACAAUAGAAGUUGUGCUUUUGUCAAUUAAACUACAUGUAUUCAAUGUAGCCGUUGUCAUUAAUUGUUAAAAAAAACCACACCAUACCAAACAACCCAAGCUCGGUGUUUUUCAUUUAACCGAAUGAAUUAAAAAAAGGAAUAAAAGAAAACCGAUAGAACAAAGUAAUCCUGUUUCUCCUUUUUAAUUUUUUAGAAUUAUCCCUUUUCACCCUGUGUCUCUAUAAGGCUGUUGUUCUAUUUUGCUUUCUAUCAUCAACAAUUAUUGUUACAUAAACAUCAAGAAGGAAAAUCAAAAAAGAAAAAAGAUACUCAACACACCCUGAAAAAAUAAACUCAAUUGUAGCCAAAAAGGAGCAAAGUUUAUGCGAAAAAUAGAAAGCAAAAAAAAAGAAAAAGUAUUAAAAGCUGAAAAGGACACUUGUGUCACAACAAAAUAAAAUAAUUGUUGAAGAUUUGUCGAGUGGAUUUUUAUUUUGCUGUUGUUUAAGCUAAAGCAAUAUCGCAGCCAAGGAGCCAAGUGGUUUGACCUUUUAAGAAGUGCCUAAAAAUGCUUGAAAGUAAUUUGAAUUUGAAAGGCAAUUAGUAAAGAUCUCAAUUUUUUAACUCUACGAUAUGAGGUUACGUGUCCUUAAGAAAGGAAGUAAUUUGUCUUAUGAAAUAAUCAACAAAAAGGGAAAAUAAAUCUGUAAAAAAAUACGAUAAAACUGUAGUGGGAUUUGAAACAUACUUAAUUUGAUAAAAAUGUAUAAUAAUACUAUUUAUUAAUAGAGUGAUAUUUUUUUACCAAAAGAAAAAUCCAAAAUGAAUUUAAAGUGAAAAUUUAAGAAGUUAAGACUAUAUUAAAAGUGAAGAAUACUUACGAUAUAUUUAAAAAUUCAUAAAAUACCGUUUUAAACGUUAUUUUCUGUGAAAUCUUAAAAAAACAAAUGUUUUCAACAUACAAAAUUGUUAUAUCGUAAAUACGAUAUUAAUACAAAAAUACGAUAUUAAAGAAAAAAUUUGCUUUUCUGUUAGUUAGUGAAUUACAAAAAAAAAUAACACUACUCUGCAAAAAUCAAAGAUAUUUUAAUAAAAUUGUUCUUACGAUAUAGGAGAUAAAACCCAUUAAUGUGUUUCUUAGGUGUUUUUGUAAUCAAAAAAAUAGAAUCUAAAAUGAUAAAUUCAAUAAAUGUACUUUCGAAAAAUAUGUUCCGGGGUAAAAAUCGCUGAAAGUACCAACGUUUAAAAAAAAAAAACAAAGGAUAUUUUAUUAUCAAACAAUCGAAAUUUGUGUAUGGAAUGUCGUUUAUAAGUGCAUCUUUUGUCCCACUGUGUAUUCGUGUUAUUGAAUUAAUCGCUAUAACAUGCUCCCAGAGCAUACAAACGCAUCGAAUCGAAUCGAAACGAACGGUAGCAACGGUCAUAGUCUAAAUAAACAAUCGGCAAUAGAAAUAACCACAAUAACACCAACUGCUGACCGAAACAUCAAUUCAAAAGCACACAUAGUGCAUUUCGCACUCACACACUCCAAUACCAAUUACAAAGGAGACAACGAUGAGGAUGAUGAUAACGAUGCUGAUGACAAUGAUGCCGAAAAUGGUGCCGAAGACAAUAAUUGUGAAAAAUCGCCAAACAACAAGAAAAAAUCCGCUUUUGAAUGUGACUUCUCGAGGUGUGUUUCCUUUCAGGAUAAUGUCAAUGAGUUGCAACAUCGUAAAGGACGUCGAUUGAACGGCUUGCAAUUUCCGUUGCAUCCAUUGCAAAUUUUUGGCUGGAUUGUUUUGAUUAUUUUUGGCGUUGCUUCGUUUUGGGUGUUGAUUCCUUCGUUUAGCAGUGAGCUGCAAGGCCCUCUUUACGGUCUUGUCUCUGGCUUGUAUAUUGUGCAUAUAGUUUCGCAUUUAGCUGCGCUUUUAAUUGAUCCUGCGGAUCGUGAGCUACGCCGUUUGCAUCGCAACGAUCGCAUUGUACCCGAAUUCGAUCGCGCCAAACAUUCGCAUGUCAUCGAAAACGGCCGCUGUCAUUUGUGUAACAUUCGAACUACCAGUCAACGAACAAAGCACUGCUCGGUGUGUAAUAAGUGUGUGGGAAAGUUUGAUCAUCACUGCAAGUGGUUGAAUCAUUGCAUUGGCUCGAGAAACUAUGUAGCGUUCCUGAUGUGUGUCGUAUCGGCGGUAGUAGCGACUCUGGUCAUUGUGGUUGCGGCAUUGGCCCAGAUCGUGCUCUAUCAUCUGAAUCCACAAUGGCUGAGUUUUUGGUACAUGGACGCGGAAAUGGCCGUCUCCAAAGCUGUGGUCCAGCAGAGUUCGUUCAACGAGACCACUCUGGACGAUGUGACGCUGGUCCCAGAAAACGUCACACUCUGGAACGACACUAUUCAGAUGUUCAACCAGAGUCUGGGAAAUUCCACAGACAGCAUCAUCAAUGACACAACUACUCCAUCGAGCUUGGUCAAGGAGACUGUUGAAGCAGCAGCCGUUAAUGGGAUCGGAUUCAGCGACACCAUAUUCCUCGUGUUCAUUGGAUUCCUUGGAGUUUUGGCGGCCAUCACAGCUGGCUUGCUUCUUCAUCUCUGCUUUUUCCACAUCUAUAUUUCGUUCCUUGGACUGACCACCUACGAGUACAUUCGCAAUCAUCGACAGCAGCAGCAGCAACAACAAGCACUCUCUACUUUGCCAAAGAAUGUAACCUACAACAUGAACAGCAGUCCUGACGGCAGCAGUCCCGACUCGUCCAAGGACUCCUGCAGCCAGAUGUACUUCUGUUCGAGUUUACGUCACCCCAAUAGUUUUCCCGACGACUUUCGUCUCUUCCAAGCCAAACCCGAAGACCGUCCUUCAACACUGCACUGCUGCGAGAAUUCCCGCGAGUACCAUCAGACUGCCCUGAAGACUUACUACAUGUGUUCGCUGCUGGAGGCGGACGAGGCGACAACUGCAACUACUACGGCAGCAGCUGCUCUGUCAGCCGCUGCGGGUGAUAUUGAAGCGAUAGAGAAAUGCAAAACCAAGUCCUUCCACUGUUGUUCGAAGUUUGCCCAGAGACGAAGGAAACUCAGUACGGCAGCGAGCAAGGCAACACUGGUUGGCGAAAUUGAAGCUUCUGCCACGACCCGGUCCUUCUUGCACUUCAGCGAACAAUGCACUUUCUGCACGUUCCACAUAAAGACUCCCCUCAAGACUGAGAACGUUAAGACAAUUUCGAAGCACCAUCGCUGGCGGCGAAAAUGGAAUUGCUGUUCCAACGUGCCCGAUAGCCCCGAUGUGCCCAAUGACAUAAUUUCAACAAUUUCCAUGGGGGUCAAUAGGUCUGACGUUGAGCAACAAAACGGCAACGGAGUGAUGGCGGGCAAGAAGAAUCCAACCCAGAUCCCAGUGCAUUUCAUCAAGACAAAUGGUGCCAACUUCAAACAACCUCAGAGACCGCGAAUGAACCGUCCCUGGCCCAUAGCUCGGUUCCGCCACAUGAUGCGCAUGAUAAACCGUUAUCGCAGACCUCGCUGCCGACACAACGAAACCAUGGUAAACGCCGCCGCCACCCAUCACCCUCAGCAUCCCUCCCCAGCAUGCAAUGUCAAGCAAAACCAAAUCCGCCCAAUACCCUACCCUCCGAUGUAUGAGAACAGCAGCAGCUCGCCGUCGAGUGAUCACAGCAGCGUGCAAUCGAUAGAAACUAUUUUGCCAACUUCGGUUAUCCGAGACGAGGAGAGCUACACCUAUAACGCAGCUCAUGGGCUGACAAUGCCUUCAGCACCACCUCCUGCACGACGAAAGAUGCCAAAUCCCACAGACCUAGACGAACUGGCGGACACACUAAGCUUUUCACACAUCCCUACAAACUCCCAGCGGUUGCCAGCCCUCAAUUCCGUCUAUCGGCGACAACGAAGGAAACACUUUCUCCGAACUCGCUCGCCUACCUUAUCUCCGAUCCACGAAUCGGGCCUGUCAAAUCCCACAUCACCACAACCGUGUCGUCAUGGCAUGAGUGCAUCCUGUUCCCCGGCCACAGUUUCGAAGAGCCUCUGUGGUUCCGAGCUGAAGGCAUCCAAUGGAUCUUUAAAUACUGAUAGUGACAGCAGUAGUGCUACUUAGAGAGUGAGUUCUAUAUAAACCUAAUUAUAGGAUUUUGUUGUUGUAAAUGCAAUAGUUUUGAAAUUAAAAACCAACAAAAAAAAACAAGUCUAAAAUGCAUCCGCCUGAAUAGAGGUAGAUCUUUGUAAGCUGAGGGUUGUGUUGAAGUGGUUUUAUUAAGUCAUAAAGUUUAGUAUUGAAUCCACCACCAAAACGAGUUAGUGAUGAAAUUAAAUUGUCCGUCCUUAAGAAAAAACAAAAGUUAAAAAAAAGCUUCCAAAGCAAUUUUCAUUUCUAAGUCUGUUUUGAAAAAAAAAAUACAAAACUUUAUUUUGUUUGGAAAAAAAACUCAAGAAUUGAUAAAUAUGCAACAUUCCAUGUCCAACUAAGUCCUUUAUAUAAAGUUUAAAACUAAACUUUUUAACUUUAUCAAACAAACUUUUAUUAUUUUUAUAAGAACUUAAAAACAAACUGCAGUGUUUUUGAAAUGUAUUUUGUUUUGUUUAACUUGCCUUUUAUGUUUUCAAAAUGUCUUUGACAACACACAGAAGGGUGAAAAGGGAAGAUACUUUUUUUGAAAAGUAUAAAAGAAAAUUUAACAAACAAUAUUGUGACUAAUUUACUAAUGUGUAAGUCCCUUUAGGUUUAAACCUUGCACAUUGCUUUAAAACUUUUAUUAAUUUUCAAUAGAGUGACAGUUCGCCAAUAUUUUGUUUCUACAUUUUCUUUAAUGAAAUUUAUAAAUCAGCAAGGUGUUAAUUUAUGACCUGUCAUCGUCACAUUUGUUAAUUUCACAACCCUUAAAGGUUUGAGUUAUGAAAAGUAAUAAUAUUACAAUAUUGCUGACUACUUUAGUUUUGACGUAAUAAUUGGAACUUUUCAGUUUUACGUUAGAUGUUGACAGAUGACAGCCAUGAUUAAAUUACACCGUGAGACAAUAAUUUGUUUACUUUAAAUCGUGACUUGAUUCAUUUUCAAAACAAAAUAAAAAAAACAUAGCAAAACCCAAUAAUUGAAAUGAACAAAGAUAAUUAAAGAUACAUCAAUAGAAGAGUAGAAUUAUACAUGAAACAGAGAAUGUAAUGUAUGUAUAUCUUACACAUUUUGAGACUCAAAGCCUGGAAUAUUGUUAAGAAUAUCCCAAUUUGGGAAACUAGUUUUGUCGUUUUAUGAUUUUAUCUUAUCCUUUCCACUUGAUUUACAAGAAGAAACCGAGAAUUGAAGCGCGAAAUAAAAAAAUUAUAAGACGUCAAAAUAAGGAGCGUAUACUUUCUAUUUCUGUCUAUUCUAAAAACUGUUAUACUAUCUACAUAUGUAUAUACAUAAAUAAUUUUCAGGAAACUAUUUUUGGAAAUCUUUAAUUAUUAAAUCUAAAUAUGUCAAAAAUAUAUAUGAAUAUACCAUUUACAACUACACGAACUCAGCAACUUGCCUUACAACAGCUGUCAAAAAACUGAUUGGCAAAUCAUAGGCUUCGUUCAAAAUACAAAAUGUUUGAAAUUCGAGUAGAUUUCUGUUCUUUCAAUGCCAGUGCAAUGAAUUUUGUGAAAAAAUAAUUUGUUAUUUACUGUCAUUUAGUUCUGACAGCUUAGCUAUUUUUUUUUGAUUGUUAACAAACAAAAUUUAUGCGAAUACCCUAUUUUCCGAAUUCUGUCCUAUUAAAAAAUUAAUACGUCAUGUGUCAGUUGGACCAAUGAUAUUAUUAACACGUAAUUUAAAAUGACUAACUUUUAAUUUGUUUUGCUUAGUACUAAAAUAGUAACUUUCUUUUAUUAAAAACGUAAAAUGUGAACACGUCUAAAAGUGACAUUUUCAAAAGAAAAAAACCAAGCAAGCAUACCUUAAUAACAUCACUUUUGAGUUUCAAAUUAAUAGAUUCGUUAUUGAUUUGAAACUCAAAAGUGAUGUGAAUUUAGCAAAUUACUAAAAGUCAAAGUAUACAUAUUUUAAAAUUUUAUUUUGGUUUGAUGUUAAAAGAUUGUAAAAUUAUAGAAUUUUAAACUUUGAAUAAUUGUCACUUUAUCUACAAAAACUGCUUGCCAUCUUUUGGAAGUGUUCACACGUUCAGUUUUACUUUACUGCAACUAAAGCUGUCAAGACUCACAAACAUUAUCCAACACAUCUUUUUGUAAAACUUGAAUUUUUGGAUGUUAUAAAGUUUGAGUGUUAUCGACAAAUUAAAACCCAAAAAAUCACGUGUUUUCUAUAAACUCAAUGAAAACUGGCACAAAACCUAGUUGAAACAUGUCUUAAAGGUCUUGCACAUGAGAGCGAACAACGAAUGAACGAAAGGACGAACAAACGUGAUGAUACACAUUUUAAAAAGUCAAUUUCAAACAAAAACACAAUUAAAUUAUAAGAAACCAACUGAAACUUAUGUUAGGAUAAAUUUGCAUUUUGUUCUCCAAAACAAGACAAUUUUGUAAAAACAAUUUGUUAGCAAUGAAUUGCAAUGUAGUUGCUACGAACUGUCAAACUCUAUUCGCGUUCCACAUACAAUCCACACUGCAACGAAUAAAUUGUUCGCGCUCAACUUAACCUCAACAUUAUAUCUCUCUUAUUUUGUUUGUUGAAAAGGGUAAUUAUAAAUUGACAGUUCGUCGCUGUCUGCAAAUAGAAACAAAGCUUAUGUGAAAGAAAAGUCAAAAUAUGCGAACAUCCACAGUUCGCAGUUAGUAGCUCAAUCCACUUCAAUCCACUGUGAACUUGGUCUGAAAUUGUUUGUUAUUAUAAAUGUACCUUUCGAGGGAACUAAUGACAAAAAAUUAAGAUUUAAAAAUAUGUUAACCAAAAUAAUAAAAUUUACAAACAAAGAAUUUCAAAACUUUAUAAUAUGAGGAAUGUCUUAAAUCAGACAAAUAGCACAUUCUAAAAAUCUGUACCUUCUCCAAUGCUCUUAAGUACCAAAGUAUUUGAGCAAAAUUCAUUGAUUUGAUGAAAAGAAGAAAAUAUUUACAUAUUAAAAUUCUUAAAAUUUUGAGUUUAUGAUUUUCAAACAUUUCAAGAUUUAAUUCCUAGCAACAUAAAAAAAAAACAUCAUAACAAGACAAAUAGGAACCGAUUCUCUGUUCUUGUCAGCAAAUUUCGUCUGAAAUUAUUGUCUAUUGUUAAAUUAUAGAAAGAAAAUAACACAGCACUUUUAUCUACCUACAAAUAUGUACAUAGGUACUCUCAUAAAAAUAUCUUAAAUUUUAUUUCAAGGAAAAAUUAUAUAUAAAAUAUGUGUGGUAUGCAUAGUGAAAAGAAAUAAAAAUAGAAUGCAUAUUCCAUCUUUCCAAUUUCAUAUUUUCUAUUUUAUGCUUUUAUGAUGAUGAUAAUAAUAAAAAUCGAUUUUGAGAAAAAUAUAAAAUUUGAAAUUCAACAUCCUACUUUUUAUAGACUUAUUUUCUUAUUAUUGCGAUUUUAUUUUUCAAGAGCUUCUUUUUCAAACUACAAACUACAAAAGAGAAAUAACACCCACUAAACCAUCAAAAGACGUUCCCAAUAAGAAAAUAUAUUAUUUUUGUAUUCUUUUGAAAGUUUUGGAAUCCCUAUAUCGAUGGUAUAGAUAGAUAUACUUUUUGUGUUCCCGCCAAAAUAACAGUCAAGAAGUAUGCCACUCGUAUAACCAUCAUCAACUUUUCCCUACUUCAAGUUGUCAAUCAAUGUCAAAUAUGUCGAGAAUUUUCCAGGAUAAAUCUUAUAUAAAAGUCUUUGUAAUAUUGUGUUUCUUUUUUAACUUUCUUAUGGGAAUAACUAAAUAAAUUGAAUAUCAUUCACGUUAUUACUUUGUAUUUAUUUCGGUUCAGCAACACUCUCUUGACCGAAAUUUAAUAAAUGGAUAAAAUAGCUUAAUUUUAUUGACUCAAAUAGGAUUUUCAUCAGUUGAAUUGUUUUGUAAUUUUCAUGGACACUACAGCUGCCAUAUAGAAUGUAUACGAACAAAAGUUAUAAUUUAGUUUCGAAAACAUUUGAAAAGAAUAGUUUUUUGAGGACUUCUAAGGAUUUAAUUUUCUAAUGUAGGAUUUAUUUCUGUAUAUGAGAAGGUUUCACUCAAUAAUUUUUUUUUAAUUGAACUGGCAUCACUGUUUUAAAAGUGGAAACUAAUUAGACAGGUGACGGCUGACAGAUGGUUUUCGCUAUGUAACAAUAUGUUGAUCGUUCAUUAUCAAUAGUCUAAGGCAAGUUAAAAAAUGGUAUCUUUAAAAUGUUGCAAGGAUCUAUUAAUGACACAAAUUUCCUCUUUUUAACCCUGAAUUUUAAUUAUUCCAAUAAAAAUAUAAUAAAUUAUUUCAAAAACCCUAGAUGAUGACUAAUUUUUAAAUAAAAAGUUAUGUGAACUUAUUUUUAUAAAUAUAUUUUAUUAUGUACAAAUUUAUUAUCAACUUAAAUGACUAAAUAAAACUACGUUCAACACUCAGCUUAUAGCAAAUGAAAGCAUUUUUGUUUAAAAGAAAAAUAUGAAAUUGCCUAAAAAAAGAAUCUUUUAAUUAUAGCUGAAUUUUUAGGUUAAACAAAAACAAGAAAUUUAAAACAAAAAAAGUACAUUUUUGUAAAAGUAGUUAUUAAGCUUGUUCAUAAGACUAAUUUUUAAAAAUAACAAAGCAAAAAAAAAACAAUGUUCAGUAAAAAAAAAAAUGAAACAGAAAAUGAGAAAUUUUGGAAAACUAAAAUUCAUUAGUUUGUAUUUUAAAAAAUAAAAAAUAAUAAAAAAAAAUGUUAAUGUGUGCAAUUAUUAGACUGCGUUGUUUAUCGAAAAAAGGAUUUAUAAAUGAAUUUGCGCUUUAAGAAACCAAAAAAUAGAAAAGAAACCUAAAUACCAUAGAAAAGCCGUAAAUCUGCUGUCUUUAAUUUUGUUUUGAAAAUAAUAAUAAUAAAUCACUUUGAUUGACUCUAUCUACAGAAAUGAUCCAACUAAAUGAGAGAUUAAAUAGAGAUAAACAAGACUUAACCAUUUAACCCCUUUUUAAAGAAAAUUUUAUAGAAGUUGCAUUCAAAAUACAUAGCACAAAAUCCCCUUCUUUGAAUUUAGUUUCGCUUUCUGUUUUCUUCCUUAUUUUUCUUUUCUUUUUCUCUUACUCUUCAUUAUGGUUAUAAUUUUUUGAUGGUAUUAUGUUUGUCUAAUAGAGUUUAAAAAUUGUAUUCAAAGAGGAGAAAGAGUUUAAAUUCGGUGGGCCUUUUGUAUUAAAAAAAAAGAAGUUGUUUCUUAACUUUACAUAGCUCGGUCAGACUCGUGUUGUGAACAGACCCAUUUUAAAACGGUGAAAUGUUCCCACGUUGCAUAAUAUGAUGUUUUUAUUGCUGUUUCUUUUUCCUACGGCAUUGCGGUACUCUGACGUUUGCACCUAAUGUCAAAAAAGAUCUGUUUGCUAAUUUUAUAACCUGUCACUUUUUGGGUGCGUUCAAUAAGAGUUGUAUAUUAAUAUUAUUUUAAUUAUACUAUUUUUUAAAAAAUCUUUCAUAUUAAAAUUACAAUUCGCUAAAAAUAAUCUGCAUAUCUUAAUUUUCUGCAUAUUUUAAUUAAUAAAAAUUAAAACUCUAAGAUCCAGGUUUUUAGUUGCGAGUUAAACUAAAACUCGUUAAUACGUAAGGGUCGUUAAUACGUAAGGGUCUAGGCGUCUGAAAAUGUAAACAUGAUUUUAAUCUAUUACCAUUUAUGCCUCUUUAUGUUGACAACUCGUAAAUUAAUUAAUUUACGAGAGAAACAUUUUUGAAACAUUAAAAGUUCAACAACAUACAUAGUUUGUAAAUUGCGUGAUAAGCGUUAAAAAUAAAGAAACAUAAAAUAAGGCUUAAGUCGUUUUUAAGCAUAGAAACUAGAAAUCCUUUUUAUGAAUAAAAUUAUUAAAAAUUCAGGAAGAAAAAAUGGCUCAGGUUGAAAUAGAAUUUAACUUUGCAGAACUUUUGUUAGCUUUUUAAAAAAAAGCUAAUCUCUUCGCUAGGUCAUUCGCCGUUAAUUCUACGCUGCCAUUGAGUGUUAGUGAUUCUAUGGGACCAAUCUUUUUUCGCACUCGUACUGUGGCAAGAGUCCUAAGAGAUCUAAACACAUAAAUCCGCUGGUCCGGAUGGUAUCCCCGCUAUUGUUUUGAAAAGGUGUUCUUCAACGCUUGCAAAACCACUGCGUAAGCUUUUUCAUCUGUCCUACUCAUCAGAUCUCGUUCCGAGAGGAUGGAAAACUGCACUUGUGCAGCCCAUCCCCAAAAAAGGCGAAUCUUCCUCACCCUCUAAUUACCGACCGAUUGCACUUACGUCCCUUCUUUUCAAGGUCAUAGAAACGCUGAUUAAUUAUCAACUCAAGAAAUAUCUCGAAGAUCGAAAGCUUCUUAAAGACCGACAAUAUGGCUUUCGUAGCAAUAGGUGAUUUCAUGGUUCAUCUCACCAAACAGUAGAGCAAAUCAUUACAUCACUUUGGGGAAAGUAAGAUUAUUGCACUUGAUAUUUCAAAAGCAUUUGAUAGGGUUUGGCAUUAGGCUCUCUUAUCGAAAAUGCGUUGCUUUCGGUUUCCAUGAAUCCCUGCUUCAUUGGAUUAGUAAUUACCUUUCGGAUCGUUCAAUAUAAGUAGAAUUGGAUGGAUUCAAGUCUGAAAACCAUAAAAUAAAUGCUGGUGUGCCUCAGGGCUCUGUUCUAUUUCCAACACUCUUUCUCAUUUUUAUUAAUGAUCUCCUGUCUGCAACAUCUUAUCCAAUACAUUGUUUCGCUGACGAUAGAACUCAGCUUUUAAUAUUCGUUUUCAGAUUCAGAUCCCUUUUCUCGGUAUGUGUGUCACCAACCACCUCUUGUAGAACGAUCACAUACUCGAUGUUGCCAUGCGGCAAGGUGUUUGAGUUUCCUAAGGCGAUGGAAGAAAUAUUUCGUCCCUUCUGAUCUGGAAACGUCCAAAGCUUGAGUAUAACUCCCAUCUCUAGGCUAGUGCUCCUGUAUCUUACUUAAGGCUCUUGGAUAGUAUUGAACGUAAAGCAUUUAAAUUGAUAGAUAAAAAUAUCAUCAUAAGAUCAUUUACAUCGCUUGAAGGUCUCUUAUCUGACCCAUUUUUACCGUUAUUUUAACGGCUUAUGCUCUAGAGAAAUGGCCAGUUGUAUUCCUCCCUUUAAACAGUUCAACCGUAACAUUCGCGCCUCUAGGAAUACUCAUCAGUAUACCCUCGAGCCCAACUUCAGCCGUACUGACAAAUACAGAGACUCGUUCUUUAGCCGUACUACGCGAAUGUGGAAUGCCUUACAACACUCUCUCUUUCCUCGUCAUUGCAAUAUUUAGGAAUUCAAUUCCUUUUUAAUAUAAUUAUAUCUACUAAUGUUAACCUUAAUAGGUUAAGUUCAUAAACGCUUCCAAAUUUAAAUCAAGAGUUCCGCAAAGAAGCUACUAUAGGCCCAUUCUGUUUAUAUUUGUUCGUAUAUGCAAUACAUUAAAUCUAUAAUUUUCUAUGAGUAAUAUAUUUGUAUUUAUUUGAAAGAAACCCCUUUUAUUUGAACGAAACCCCUUUUAUUUAAAGAAAAAACCCUUUUAUUUGAAAGAAACCACUUUUCGAUUAAAAUAUUUCAUAGCUAAAUCAGGAGUUCCGCCGGGGAGCCACUAAGAACCUAUUCUGUUCAUAAAUGGUUAAAGAGAAAUUUUUACUUUUAAAGAAGGUGUUGCCUCGUAAUCCAGCAGUAAAUACCCAAUACAAAAACGUAUAAGUUAAGCCUUACAGUUUUGCAGUUUAACCAUACAUUUUAAAAAGUAAACUUAUUUCCAUUUCAUUGUAAACGAUUUAAUUUAAGUUGUUAUUUUAAAAUAUCUUUUAUCCAUUUGAGGUUAAAAUAUUACUAUUUAGCUUACUUAAUUAUAGUGUAUUGAAAUAUCCUUCAAUAAAUAGGAUUCUUCCAACUUCAAUAGAUACAUAUUCGAUUAUCCAUAUUUUGUUUUUAUUUUUUUUCCUAUGAAAUAUGAUUUUUCAAAAAAGAAUAUUUCUGUAUGUUUUUUUACAAUUCUGAUCUGAAUACGCGCACGAAUGCACUAAAAGGAAAGCAAAAAAAAUGAAAAUAACCCGUCAAUUCUUUGAAUACAACAUCAUCAUCAUCAUCUUUGUACAUUCUUCUUCCCCAACCACACCACAAUCCUAUCGCAUCCCUAUAAUACACCACCCCAUUGAUUUUCCUUCGUCAAAAGAUGCCUGUAUGCAUGUAUGUGUUAAUGUAUCUAUCUAUAGGUAAAUGUAAUUUCAAUUCGACAACAGAAAUAAAAAAUAAAAAAAAAACAUAUACCUCUUCUCUUUUGCAAUAUGCUAAAGAAAUCACUUAGUUGAAUGAAACAUUCAUCGGAAAUAAAGAUAAACCAAAAGGUAGAAGGAAUUCCGGUGAAAAUUCUUCAAAACGAUACUGAACUGAACACAAUAACCAUCAUAUACUCGUUUAUAGCAGAGCAUCAGAAAUUACCUACCUUUAUAUAUAUAUUAAGUAAAGGUUCUCUGAGUUCAACGAAAAUAAGUAAGUAGGUGCUUUUUUGGACCAACUUACAGAAUAAAAGAACAAAACGGAAACAAGGAAAAUACAAAUAAAAAGAAAAACACAGAGAAAAAAAUGCAACAAAUUAUGUUGACUUUUCCGACAUUGCAUUCAUCGUUACUGAAACUCAGUGUGGAAACUGUAGAAGAGGGAGGAGGGGAAGAGGGAAGAAUGGGUGUAUGGAUGCAAAAGAAAAUUUAAUAAAAGAAAUAAAAAAUAAUAUGCAAAGAAGAAAAGGAUUAACAAAAGAGACAAAGAAGAAAAAAAUUACUCUGUACGAGUGACUAAAACAUUUCAACAGAAUAAAAGGAUUAAAAUUGUAUGCAAAGUCCAUGUCAAAAGAUGUAAAGCUUGGUGAAAAACAGAGACAACAAAAACAGAGAAAAAAAAACAUAAACUGACUUAAAUAGUACGAAAAGACACAAUCAUACUCGGAGAAUAAGAAAAACUCUUUUAAGACGAAAUGCAAAUUAAUUCAAAUGAACAAUAACAUUACUUCAUUAAAAGUUAUUUAUUUAAAUUAGACUUUUAUACAAAACUAUUCUAACUAUUUUAUUGUGCUAAUUUUUGUCUUUAUAAAAAUAAUUCUUCCUUUAGAUCUCUUAUAAUAUUAAUCCUAGUUAUAUCCGAUCUAGAAACAAUAAUAUAUUAAUUGUUCACUGUGGCGUAUACGUACUUUUUUUUAAAUUUUCGUUUAAAUCGAUUUUAACGUCAGUGGAUGUUGCUAAUCUUUAAAAAACCUUAAAUAUACUCAAUUUUAUUUACAACGUCUAUUAUUUAUGAUGCACUAUUCUCUAUGAGAAUACCAAUAAAACAAGUGCACUAAGGCGUCUACUUAAUCUUUUUUUAAAUUUUAUAUGCAAUGAAUUUUAAAUUUAAACAAAUCUUUUAACUGACGCAAUACCUCAAGAAAAGGAACACAUUAAGUUAGGUUAAAGUGGCUGCGAAUUCAUAAUCCACACACUUAGGCCAAAAGAAAAGCCCCAUUGUGAUACCACAUGAAUCUAGAGAGUUGCUUCCCACUAGUCGAACCAAUUUGAACUUUUUAUAAAGCCAAGGAGAUAUUUGAUAUCCUUGUUAGCUAGUUCACUGGGAUUAUCAAAAGAGCAUUCUCACAGAUGAAGUUUGCAUCUUAGUGAAAGAGCAGAGCAAGUGCAGUGAAGGUGAGAGAUUGUUUCCUCUUCUUCUUCGUCCAUACAGCUCCUGCAGAAGUCAUUUGAGACUACACCAAGUCGUAUUGCGUGUCUGCCUAUAAGACAGUGUAAAGACACCUAUUAGGGAGCUAAUAUAAAGUCUGCUUUGAGAUAACUAGUCUUUAGAGCGCUUUAUGUCCAUUGAAGGCCACAUGAGUUUUGUGGCUGCGCAUGUUAGUAAAUUGUGCCACCUAGAGUUUGUUAUCGCAAAAGCUGUUUUAUUUAGCAGAAGUUUGCAUGUAGCUAUCGGUAUACCUAUCUUCUUCCUUUCAGGUUAAGUAGGUAUGACGGUUCCAUUUUUAGCGAGUUCAUCGGCUCUACAAUUUCCUGUGAUGUCUCUGUGGCCCGGCCCCCAACAGAGGUGAAUGUUAAAUUGCUGCGCCAUCUCCAUAAGAGACUAUCGACAAUCGAGGGCCGUUAGAGACUUGGUUGAGACAUCGUCAAGGGAUUUGAUAGCAGCCUGACUGUCAGAGAAGGUACGGAUAUCAGGAGUUGAUAUCACGUUUUCUCUUAGCCAGGAGAGAACCUCUUUUAUCGUUAAAAUUUCUGCUUGGUAGAGGCUACAAUGAUUAGGGAGGCGGAAUGAAAUGCUUAGAUUAAGCUUUUCUGAGUACACACCACUACCAACUCCCUCAUUUGUCUUGGAUCCAUCGGUAUAAAAAUGGAUGCAUUUGUCAUCCAGGAUGUAAUGGAUACCUGAAAGUUUUUUCCAAAUAGGGGUUUAGGAAUAGUGUAGUCCAAGUACCUUGGUAUAGAACCAAAAAGGUUCAAAAUCAUAGAGUGUCCCACAUUGUUAUUGGUUCAUUGAGAUGAGGCGUUGAGUCUUAUAGCUGCACUCGCUGCCAUUUGUUUUCUGAAAGAUCACCUUAAUAGAUUAAAUUAAUAAUUGCUUUCGAAGCCAAAUGAGAAGUUCCACAAGGAAGCCACUUAGGGCCUAUUCUGUUUAUAUUUGAUUUAUUUAUUAUAAUAAUACUUUCGCGAGGGUGUAGCCUAAAUAUCUUGCAGUAAAUAUCCAAAACCAGUAGAAACAAUUUGGUAAAGUUUAGUAAAAUUAACAAAGUAAGGGGUGAAAUCGUCUAAGUUGAUAAAUGACUAACAUAUUUUUUAUAGUCAAAUUGACUGUCAUCGAUGUUUCUGUCUGUGUAAGCUGAUUCAACUCAAUUCAAUUUCAGAGUAAAAUCUUCCCAAUUCUCCCAUAAAAUAUCUAAAUAAAAGUAUUAAAUUAAAUUUUAACUUUUCUUGUGUUUUUUCGAAUGUCGUAUGCUUUGUCUGUCACAAUAAUGUGUUUAUGUACUUUAAAAAGGUAACUGACAAAAUUUUCCAUUCGUUUUUUGUAAACGACUAUUAGUUCUAUUGAGAAACAAUAUAUUUGUUUGAAAAUGACUAUAUAAUUUUUGUUGUAAGAGCUUUUAAGGCAACAAUUUGACUACCAUCUUACAUGGAUGAAAUUCAAUUAUUUUGGCUGUCAUUUAUCAACAAUCACCUUAGCCAAUUCCACCCCAGGAGUUUCACAAGGAAGCCACUUAGGGCCCAUUCUGUUUAUAUUUGAUUUAUUUAUUAUAAUAUAAACUAUUCAAUUAAAGUCUUUAUUUUGAAAUAUCCUUUAUCCGAUCUUGAAACAAAAAGAUAUCAAUUGUUCAAUGUGUCGUAGACGUACUUUUUUAAAAUUUUCGUUUUGAUGGUUCUUAACGUAAGUUCAUGUUAUUAAUCUUUUUACAACUCAUAAUAAGCUCAAUUUUUACCUGCAACAUCUAUUAUUCAUUAUGUCCUAAUUUUCUAUGACGAAAUCAAUUAAAAAAACGUACAACAAGCCGUAUACGUAAUAUUUUUAGAAAUAUAUAAGUGAUGGUUUUUAACGUUUGUUUAUGUUUAAAAAAGUGAUUUAGCAUGAAACUCUUAGACGAAUCUCACUCGUUUAAGAAAACAACUAAGUAACUUCAAGAAACGUUAUAUGCAUAGAUAUGUACAUUAUUUCAAUGAGGGUCUUCUAUAUUCGUUUUUUAUUUCAAUGACAAAGAUAGCGUGUUGCUGUUUUAAAAAAAAAGGAUAAUAAAACAAUAGAGACUAAUUCAAGCAUGUCGAUAUAAUGUCGUCUUAGCCACACCUUUUUUUGUCUUAAACCAACCUUGUUAAUAAAUUAAUUUAGUUUUUUUUUUGUUCCUUUCUUCCACAAAAUACAAUUUAUUCUUCUUUGACAAAGAUGACUUAAACUAUUUAUCAUAAAUGCUAUUUUCUUAUAACAAUGAUAAAUGGUUCACGCGUAAUAUUUUUGCUGUCAUUUCAAAUUUAAUUAUACCACAAUCUAACAUUAAAGAUUCUUUGAAUUAUGGUGUGUGAAAUAAUGUUUGACAAAUAACCUCACAUUCCUCAUAUUAUUAUUUUUAUUUUUUUAAUGGCCGUUAUAUUUUUUCUUUUAUUUUUUAAUAAAUGUGUAUAAAAUUCCUCCUAAAUGUAAAUGUUAAUAAAUGUUGCGUGAUAGGACAUUUUUCAUUACAUUUUCUUUUAUUAUAAUAUGUAUGCAGGUAAGGUAUAUGAUGAUUUUUAUAGGUGAAGCCAAAAGGUUAAUGUUAGGUAGAAUAUACAUAUCUGUGACUAUUAGUGUGAAAGAAAAACUUUAUUUUCUACUUGACCUUAACCUAUCCCAGUGAACUUUUGUAUAAUUAAUGGGUGGCAUAGAGAGAAACCAGAAGAAAAAGAAAAGAAUUCUUAAGAAUUUAAUAAGAAAAAAAAUAAAACACUUAAGUCGACUUUGGUAUUGAAAUUUUCCAUCACGCAUUUAUGGUCGAGGUAUACAUGGAAAUUAAAUUAACUAACUUUGCCUAUAGUUGUGAAAAAAGGACCUUCAAGAAUUUUAUGAAGUUCUCGAUGUUAUGUUAAAGUGGACUUAAUUAUAGGACAUAUACAUAAUUUGCACGAAAAAUUAGUACACGUGUGGAAACUUUACUUUAAUUAAAGGUCACACGAACUAGUAAACGAGAGCUAGUGGACUUAUCACAUUGCUCUUAAGAUUAUUCACUGACUAAACGACUUCAAAAAAGUCAAACGAGUUAAGAAAGAACUUUCAAGGUGCUACAAUGACUCUUUAAAGACCCGAUUAUUGUUUGUUUGAAAAAAGUUGUAACUCGUUAUUCUCGUCAUUAUCGUUACAUAAUUAACUAGCUAACUCGUUAAGAAAAUAUUUGUAUACUCAUUUCUAUUGUUAAAUGAGUUGAAAAUUUGAGUUAAUAUUGAUGAGGAAUAAAAAGGAAUUUAACUCGUAAUAGCAGUUGUACAAUUAAAUGUAUUGAAUGCAACAGCUUAUUAAACAUUGAACGUGUUACAACUCGCUAACGAUAACUCGAUAUGUCACUUUAAAUUUAUAUUCAAAUACUCGUUAAAGAAUAGUUUUGCUCUUUACUAUAGUUAUUUGCAUAAAAUAAAUGAAUCCGUAGAAAUUAUUAUUUUAUAUUGUAUCAGAUUAGAAUUUGGUAACUUAUUCGAAACAAAAAAUUGUUAACUAUCGUUACUUUAACAUUUUGAAAAAAUGGAAGUUUAAACAAAAACGCUGAUGAUAUUGGUUUUUUUAUGAAUUUGCCAGAAAACCAUCAAUUCAAACUUAAAAAAAUAUUAGUAUUCGUUACUCUUCAUAUAUUCGUUACUCUCCAUAUAUUCGUUUAGUAAGAAGGAACUGUAUUACAAAGAAUAUUUGAAGUUUUUAGCGAAUUUUCUAAAAGUUUAAGUUUUGAAAUUUAGCACUAUUACAUUUGUUAAUGGCUCCGAAUUGUAGAACACAUUGUAUUGAACUACUUCUUUUCGACUCAUGCUUGCAUUAAAUUAAAAAGGUUAGUUUCGCAUGACAUUUUAUGUAACGAUUUGGACAUUAUAAUUAUGCAAGUUAAAUAUUCGUUACUUUAUUAAAAAACUUACUUACAUUACUUAAAACCAAACAUGACUCUUUAAAAAAACUAUGUUAAUUUUCCUUAUACAAAAUGUUACAAUUUCAAUACUUAUCAUAAAAAUGCUUGUACUCGUUACUCUCAUCACACUUUCGUUAAAUAUGCUUUACUCUUUUACAUAUAAAAUUUGUGUGGAUGGUGUUACAAAUCGAAUUUCUUAAACAUUCUUUAAGAAACUGAAUGUUAAAAUUGAGUAGUUUUUAAAUAAUUCGAUUUGAUUUGACGUAUUAAAUUGGACUGUGAGUAUUUAUGAUUUUUGCAAUAUAGUAACUUUUGUAUAGAAUUAACGUAGUUUUCAUGAAACUGAAUACUUGUUACAUAAUAAUUCGUAACUUUAAACUUUUCAACAAAAAAAAAACUGAAUUUUACAAAUGCGAAAAAUAAAAAUAUUUUAAAGUAAAAGGUUGGUUGAAAAAAUUGAAGUUAGUGGAAUUAUAAUUCUUUUACCACUAAUUCAAAUGAACAGGAUACAGGCAUAACGAAAUUUUUGAAACUGAUUUAAGAAACGUGAAUAAAAAUUACAAAUUCUCUUCUAUUAAAUUUGAAGUGUGUUUUUGUGUGACUAAGACAUCAACUUUGGUAAACCAAUCCUUGACAAAAAAUCUCCUCUUAAGUAAUAUGAGAUUGUCAAAUCCAAAGAUAAUCCAAAAUAAGUUAUUGCCUGUCAAUGGCCCUUAGGUUAAAAGAAACAAAUAAAUCCUUUGUCAUAUAUUUUAUUCCAAUAGCUUCUUCAGAAAGAAGAAACACUUGAUAUGGUUUGUUUUGAAUUAUUCCUUUUUUUUUGUAUUUCUGAUAUUAUUAUCAUGCUUGCAGCAAUGAAACAAGACCUUCCAAAUGAAACCCCAUACAAUAAUUGUAAACGGCUUUAUUUACUGCAUUUUAAGCAGACAAUCUCCAUGGAAAAAGUCGCAAUCAAAAAUAUUAAUACUAUAAUGCAAAAAGCAAAAAAAGAACCCUCCAUGUUAAAUUGCGUUCCAUGGUUUUUAACUUUGAAAAAAUAAAAGUUACCAUGGGCACCUGUUAAGCUUAUUUAUUUUGAAAUCCAAUACUAAUGGUUACAAAAAUAAAAUAAGAAAAUGAAAUAAAAUAAAAGAAAAGAAAUAAUUUUUCCAAAUCAAUAAACAUGAGAAGGUAAAAGUAUUUAUUAUUACUUUUUUAUGACAUUUCUUUCUACAUUUCCAAGUGGAAAUAAAAUCAUAUUCAAUGGCCCAUCAUCCCCAUAAUCAUCAUCAUCAAUGUUAAGACUUUCUAUGUCUUCUAUUCAUUGUGGUGUUCUGGAACUUUUAACCUUUUAUGAUCCCUUUUCUGUCUGGUUAUUUACCUCUGCUGUUAUGCACCCCCUCCACCCCCUCUAAAUUGAAAUCAAAUACAAACAUUUUCAACCCGAAGUCACAGGUAAUCCUUGCACUUAGAAAGUCGGUAGUAACAAUAUCAAUUUCAUAAUCAAUACAUCACAUUUUAUUGGUUCAAUGAACUUUCAUUAAAAAACUUCUUAGAGAAAACCAAAAUAACAGUGAUUUUUUAUUAUUAUUAUUUUUUGAAAUAAAAAAUAACAGUCUGGAAAAUGUAUCAGCGAAUGAAUUGGUUUUUCAAAUGCGUUGGAAAUGUGCUUUUGUUAAAAUUAAAAAUAAAAUGAUAGUAAUAAAAGAAAUAUAAAAGCUAUUGAUAGGCAGUUUAUAUAUUUUUAAAAUUAUAAAUAAGAAACAUUUUCUUGUUUUGAAAAAGAAAAUAAUAUCCAUUUAGCUAUGUAGCUAGGAUGAAUUAAAUAUUUAUUUUACAAUUGAUAAAAAUAUAUAUAUACAUAAAAAAACAAAAAAAUAUAUAAAUGUAUAAUGCGCAACAAGUAGUAAAACAUUUGUACUAAUUUUGCAUAAUUAGCUAAGAAUUUAAAUAAAAUAUUAAAGAAAAAACAAAAAUUUAAAUGUGAUCAAUUAUAAAAACAAAAUAUUAUAAUAAAUUAAAAAAAUAAGUAAUAAAGUUAUAUUCUUGUUACAAAACAAAACAGAACAAAAGAAAAUCUCAAAACAACAGAAUCAAUGUCUAGUAUAAUCAAUGUAGUUUAUAAACUUAUGAGUAAAUGUUUAGAAAAAAAAGAAUACAAAACAGUGUUUAUUAUAAAAAUUGACGAAAAAUUAUAGAAAAUUUAAAAAAAAACUAAAUUGGGAAAUUUUAUUUACCUAUAUUUUAAAUAUAAAAAAAAUCAAGGUUAAUAGUUUGGAAGAAUGACAACAAAUAAAUAAGUUAUAUACGGAAAAGACAUAAAUAAUAAUAAUUUAUACAUUGAUUUUAUAAUUUUAUCAUAUUUUUGUAAAACAAUUUGUAUUAUUAUUAAUAAAAAAAAGUAUAGUAGAAUCUUAUUAUUAUUCUUUGUUGAAAUAAAGAAUUUUUGACACAAA